UCUGACUACAUUCUACUACAUCUUAUUUUUCGCCAUUCCUGUCCGGCGAUUCGCCGCCUCCGAUUCCGAUUUAUGUUCCUUCUCGAUUGGCGGUUGCCACCUGAUAUAAUUCCGUUUUCAUUUAACCCUACCUUCUUCAUCCUUGAUCUCGCGUAACCCCAUGGCGUUGUGAGCCUUGUAAAGGUGUCGCUCCCUUCAAAACCCGCUCGGAACCCAGGAAUUUGAUUUUUCCAAAGAUUUGCAGUCAUGGCUAUCAGAUUCACUGUUAAUUUUUCGGCGUCAGUCGCCUCUAACCUCGCGUCGUGCUCUGGUGCCUCUGGUAAGUGCGCCGCCUCACGAUGGAUAAACGAGUUGACAUCUCGAUCGCGUUUACUCCAACAUUCUCCAUCGCAGAAAUCCGACUCCAAUUACUCCGAUAUCGGCCGCUCCAACUCGAACCCAAAUCCCCUCAAAUCGAGAUCAUCGAUGUAUUCGUCUCUUGCUGUGGAAAUUCUCAGUGGGAGUUCGCAAUCUCAUGUGACUAUGGGAUUAAUCUCUUUGAUGAAGCAGUCGGUGGGAUCAUCGUCUGGUAUGAACGUUUUGGGGAUUUCGCCGAUCAAAGCAUCAUCAAUCAUCCCAUUCUUUCCCGGCUCGAAGUGGCUGCCGUGUAACGAACCGUCGAGCGCGGAGGUGGAUAGAAGAGGGAUCGUUGUUCGGAACAGCGGCUCGGGGAGGACCAAAGGAGCAGUUAAGGCUGGGAUUGCUGACAUUAGUUCCAAUCUGGAUAGAGGAGCAACCAUUGUUGGUAGCUGCAACCCUGGAAGCCGGAAGGGAACCGUCACCGCUGACAGUUUAAGUGGUAGCAAAAGAAAGGGUUCUGAGGCAUUUGCAGUUCCCCAAAAAAGCGGUGCUAGUAGUGUGAGCCCUAUGCCACAAAAUAAGGGCAGCGGUAAUAAUAGUUGGCUAUCGAAAUGGAUGAAUAUGUGCUUCACCACGGAAGACGCUAAGGCUGUUUUGACUGCCUUUAGCGUCAGCAUUUUGUUCAAGUCGACUUUAGCAGAGCCAAAGUCAAUUCCCUCCACUUCUAUGUGCCCAACGCUUGAUGUGGGUGACCGAAUUAUUGCAGAGAAGGUUUCUUAUAUUUUCAAGAAGCCCGAAAUCUCUGACAUUGUGAUUUUCAAGGCUCCUUCAAUUCUUCAGGAGAUCGGUUAUAAUGCAUCUGAUGUAUUUAUUAAGAGAGUUGUAGCAAAAGGUGGUGACUUUGUAGAGGUUCGUGAUGGGAAAUUGUUUGUCAAUGGUGUUCCUCAAGAUGAGGAUUUCAUCUUGGAGCCACUCAAAUAUGAAAUGGAUCCAGUGCUUGUGCCUGAAGGCUAUGUGUUUGUGCUUGGGGACAACCGCAAUAACAGCUUUGAUUCUCAUAUCUGGGGCCCACUUCCCGUCAAGAACAUAGUCGGUCGCUCAGUCUUCCGUUACUGGCCUCCAUCAAAAGUAUCCGACACUCUGUGCUACACACCCAGAUCCGCUUUGGCGUAGCCUUUUUGUGACAUAUCUGAACACACUAACAUCAAGUCUGUUGAUUGUUCCUCACCCCAGGGAUUUUCACUCAGUACCCUGUACUUGUGAUUAUUUAUUCAAUGUUAUAUUUCUCUAAAUACCUCAGGAUGAAUUAGUUAUCAAUGCCAUGAGACUCAUUUGAUACUAUCAGGAUCCUUGUACUGACUUUGGGUUAUAACAUGAAUUCUGCCAUGGGACUCAUUUUGAUUUCUUCA